GAUGGAAAUCAGUGUCCUCUCCCACAGUUUGCAGGCUCUCAGGAUUUGCUGUAAUUGCUCCAACGUUGGGUGGACAUAUGAGCACUGUCCACAAUUCUGCCAUGGUCCCAAAAACGUUUUAUUUAAAUUCUUAAAUUGCAUCUCCUCCCUAGAACACAGAGAGACCUUAUUCUGAAGACGUCUGGCACGUGAUAACCUUAAUGUGUGCUAGCCUGGGGAAUAUUGAGAUCAAAUCUACCAAAAUGAGAUAAUCAUGGUUUAUUGGAAAAAGUCAAAUUACAUUUUCACAUUUAGAUAGGCAUAAUAUGAAUCUCUGAAGAUAAAAGUUAACCAGAAAAUGACCAAUAUUGGGAACAUAUGAAGGACUUUACCUCAAUCUGCGUUUCUCCUGUAUGGUCAAUGGAUGGUCCCGGAGGUAGAUGUGCUUCGUCCAUCGUUGGGAUGCUUUACUCAUUCCGUUAUCCCUUUGACCGUAUACAACCAACAGAUAUUAUUUUACUUAGAAACAGUUAAAUAAAUAGACCGAAACCUCAUAUCUAGACACCGUUUGUAGCUCAACAUCCCUAGACAGGCCUGCAGCUUGGCUGACCUGCUAGUGCUCAAUGCUGCUUUUUAUCUCUUGCUUAGCUCCAACUCUUCAACUCCCCAUGACUGGCGGUCAUUCUCUGAGAGGGGGAGGACGGGGACAUGAUGUGUCAUCAUAUCCUAACACCUCUCUUAAUAUUGCGCCCAGUUUCCUUGGGUGCUGAGACUGGCCAGGAGGGGAAACAGACUCACAAUGCUACACAAGCAGACACACACCAACAUGCACACACAUACAGACAAUCACAUCUAGACACAUACGGUCAUGCCUGACAUCAUAUUUCAAUAACCUACUCCCCCUGACAGAGCUCUGUUUCCUACAAGUGUGGGAGUUGCGAUUAUGCCGCUCUUACACAGAUAUCAUGAGCGCUCUGUCCUGCACCCAGGCUGUCUGCGGUAAAGAAUAAAUAGCAUUGGUCCCGAAAGUCCAGAUUUAGUUUCAAUGCAAAAUUUGUGGAUGCACCCUCUCAAACAGCAAGAUAUACAUCCAUUCACUCACACACUCUAACACACCAUUUAAUUAUUUUAUUUUUUUAUAAGGAGGUCCUCCCAGCCUGGGGAGCUGUAGUUGAAUCUCUCUCUGGCAGUCAUUUGGGAGCCGCAGACAUCGCUGUGGUCAGAUUUCUCCCUUGUGCGCCCAUUACUAAGGCCAGGGAGUGAUGGCACUAUCCAGCUCUUGGCAUCGUUCCAGAGAGUGCCCGGAGGCUAUGUAGCCAUAGCACAAAUCACUGCCAUCCUCUCAGGUAGCCAGUGCCUACUCGGCCUUAUUUCACAUAUGGUGAUGGGACCCCACGCUGCCUUAAACUCUGCUGGCCCUGAGUGCAGCUUAUAAAUGCUUCCGUCAAUGCAGUGCAGCUUGGUACAAAUAGAUUAGGAACUGCUGCUGUAGAAGACCCUGAUUGCUAUUACAUUACUGCGUUCUUAAUUAUCUUGGAGAAUUCAGCAAUGAACAGAUAGAUUGUAGAUUAAAGGAAGCCGAGCCAUAGAGCUCUCACCUUUAGUGGUUGAUUCAGAAAUUAUACCUUAAUGCAUUAACUCGCUGAUUUCCCGAUAACCCAGAAAAAUGGACGAAUUCCGGUGGGUCAUCAGCAAAAGGCUUUGUAAAAAUGCCCCUUUUAUAUUACAGGUCGCAGCAGCUCACAUGUAUCCGUGUGCAGAUAUUCCAUUUAAUGGAAGAUAACGUGUAAUUUCUCAUUCUGACACGGCACAAUGUCUAUUGACUUUUUUUAUAUAGAUUCUGCGUUAAAAGCUUUUAGUGUGAGAGGUUUACUGUAAAUUAGUACGGAAUAUAUUAUACGGUGUGGGGAAAGCUAUUUACAUGUGCCAGACUGGAUUCCAUUUCUUGCUCUAUCCAUUUAUAUGGCCAGCUUUGUAUGUCCAUUAUAAGCUUCCCCCGUCCCCCAACUCACGUUUCUCGAAGGGAUGUUUUUCAGCACCUCUGGCUCCUGUUUACAUGAACAAUAACAAGAGGAGAGUUUCGUUGGAAAGGAAGUCGAGAUGCAAAGCUGUUGCAUUACAGGAAACCACAAAAGGAGUGAUCAUCGCUGUUGCCCUCAUAUCCUGCUCACAAGACACAUAGUACAGGUUAAAAACACUCAGAAAUGGAGAAAAUAUAAAUUUACAGCACUGACAGCCUAGCCGGACCCUCGAAAUGACUUGUUUCCUAAAUGGUGCUCUAGAAACGUAUUCACUACCCGAAUAGUGCCUUGGGACAAGACCCGCCACUAACGGUGGACUGGAAACGGACUUCCUGUGCAGUGUCAGCGCGUCUCACUGCGAUCCCUGGUAAGAAUGUAUCGUUAGUCAGCGCUCUCCGCUACCUGCAACUGUUUCCUGGCAAACGCCACGAACUUCUGGAAAUAAAGAGAUACUGAAGCAGGCCUGGUUCCUUGUAGAUGUGCCACUGGUCCCACCAGACGGACCGCAGAACCCCACCAGUGCAGGUACCGCAGGCUCCAUAUCCUAGCAAGUUCUCUCACUAAGGGCUAAUGGGGGAACUGGCUUUUUUAACAACAACAAAGAUUUGUGCAUCACAUCUAGAGAAAUGCACACAAACGCAGAAUUAUCAUCACAUAUUGUAUAGUGCAUGGGAGAACAAUAUUGGUUACUCCAGCUGUUGUACUACAUUUCCCAUAAUUCUGUGCAGCAUUGCUGUCAGAAUGUAGUGGGAGUUUGCGAGGGAAUGAAGAUGUAAGGCUCCCUUAUCUGAGCUAUUUUGGUUUGAAAUGUGUGAUUUCUUUGGCAAUAAUGUUUAGAUGAUCAUCCAGAUUCCCAAAUAAUUCCCAUUUUAGCUAACUAACCCCUAUAGCAACUAACCUCCUUAUUGUUAUUACCACACAGUCGACGUCAUGUUGUCAGACAGCGAUUCGCAGUAUUAGGGUGUGUCCCCAGUCCAUUCCCCAGGACAGUGUACAUUGCAACAACUGCCGCUCUGCAUCAGCGCCACAUCUCGCCACCAUAACCACCACACAAAGAAUAUCAUUGUCUCCACUCGAGGGGUUUGAGGAGGGAGGUCGUGUGCUGCAACAUUCACCGUUUAUUCACCAAAAUGAUUGCUGUCAGGAAUUCAAACUAAAUUUCAAAUUUAAAGGAACAAUAUAGCGUGAGGAAAACAUAUGUGUACAAAUAGUGCCCUGCUGGCCAUUUAGGUCCGCGGCCCCCAACUGUACGGAGAUAAAAAAGGUCCAUUACUUACCUUAUCUCUCUAGCAGCGCUGGGCUCCGUGGACAAUCUCCGCCUCCUUGAUCUCAGCCAAUCCCAUGCAUUCCCACAGGACAGCAUUGGGAGCUAGUGCACAUGCGCAGCAAAACACUGCACUGCUUCAAACAGAUGGUUUCUAAUUUGGAGCAUUCUAAAAAUAAUAUUAAAUAUUCUGAGAUCUGCUCAUAGCACCAGAGCUAAAGGGAGACAGUCACUACAUGUUGAUUUUAUUCACAGAUUACGUGAGAAUUGAGCAAUAAAUGGAAAACACUAAAUCUAUAUUGAUAUAUUUAAUAAAUAUAGAUUUUUUUUAACUGAUUUUAUUUCUUUUUUCUUCUCUUGUUUUUCCCUCUUUUACUUAUUUUUUCUCACUUGAGUAUUGUGGAUAUAUAUAUAUAUAUAUAUAAAGAUAAAGGGACACUAUAGUCACCAUAACUACAGCUUAAUGUACAGUAUACAGCUUAAUGUACGGUAUAUAGCUUAAUGUAUAUUAUACAGCUUAAUGUACGGUAUACAGCUUAAUGUACGGUAUACAGCUUAAUGUAUAUUAUACAGCUUAAUGUACGGUAUACAGCGUAAUGUACGGUAUACAGCUUAAUGUACGGUAUACAGCUUAAUGUAUAUUAUACAGCUUAAUGUACGGCAUACAGCUUAAUGUACGGUAUACAGCGUAAUGUACGGUAUACAGCUUAAUGUACAAUAUGUACAUCUUAAUGUACGGUAUACAGCUUAAUGUAUAUUAUACAGCUUAAUGUACGGCAUACAGCUUAAUGUACGGUAUACAGCCUAAUGUACGGUAUACAGCUUAAUGUACAGGUAUACAGCUUAAUGUACUUAAUGUACGGUAUACAGCUUAAUGUAUAUUAUACAGCUUAAUGUGCAUACAGCUUAAUUAUACAGCUUAAUGUACGGUAUACAGCUUAAUGUACGGUAUACAGCUUAAUGUACGGUAUACAGCUUAAUGUACAGUAUACAGCUUAAUGUACGGUAUACAGCUUAAUGUACAAUAUACAGCCUAAUGUACGGUAUACAGCCUAAUGUAUGGUAUACAGCUUAAUGUACAUUAUACAGCUUAUUGAAUUUGUUCUGGUGAGUAGAAUCAGUCCCUUCAGGCUUUUAGCGGUAAACACUGUUUCAGAAAAAAUGCAGUGUUUAUAUUAAAGCCUUGGGAUACCUACAAUGGCCACUCCUCAGAUGACCACUAAAGGUGCUUCCCGGGGCAGUGCUGCACAGUGUGACUGACAUUCAACCUCUCCACCCUCUGCAUGCAGACACUGAACUUUCCUCAUAGAGAUGCAUUGUAUCAAUGUAUCUCUAUGAGGAAAUACUGAUUGGUCAAUGUGAUGGAGCUCCUGUACUCCGACCGAGUACUUCCACUUAGUCCACUUCCUAGGACCCUGGAAUGCUUCAGAGAUCUUUCUCCUGACCAGGAUCCACCCAGGACACAUACAAAACUUAAAUUUUCUCAGGACUAGCCCAUAUGAUCAUUACGCAUAGAUUACUGGGACGACUCAAUAUAAAUACAAACAGUCAAAUCACAUUAGACAACAUACAGGAACUUAUAAUAACAUAUUUAUAAAGUGGUGGGAAAGACAAUAAUUAACAGAAAAUAUCUCUCCUGCCUGCAGAAUUAGCAAUAUGCAAAUCUACCCAACUAUGCAAAUUAGCAAGCCUUGCUAUCCAGGCAGUGCAUAAUUCCAUUUAACUCUUGCUAGAUCCUUGCAACCAACAGGUGGCGCUUUACAGGCUCCACAGCCCAAUCCACCAAGUUGAUUGCAAGCAUUAGCAAGACUUGAGAGCACAUAAACAUUUAACCCCAAACUGCAUUACACACACACCCUGCAUCCACAAUUGACACAGGGUGACUUAAAGGGAUACUCCAGACACCCAGACCACUUCUGCCCAUUGGAGUGGUCUGGGUGCCAACUCCCACCAUCCUUAACCUGGUGAGUGUAAUUAUUGCAGUUUUCAUAAACUGCAAUAUUUACCUUGCAGGGUUAAAGGACCACUCUAGUAGCUGUCUAUCAGACAGCCACUAGAGCGACUUCCGUGUUCUUAGAACACGAAAAGUGUUUUCGGCGAUGCUGGACGUCCUCACGCUAUGGAGAGGUCUAAUGCGCCUGCGCGGCCAUUGGCGCAAAUGCGCAUUAGGUCUCCCCCGCCGGCUGAUGGCGGAGGAGAGUAGGCGGAGAGUAGGCGGAGCCUGACCAGUGCCGAGGGACAUUAGCAAUUGACUACGGUAAGUCACUGAAGGGGUUUUAACCCCUUCAGCAACUUGGGAUGGGGGGGGGGGGGGGAGGGAGAGGGGCACUCCAGGGUCCUGCAGUGCCAGGAAAACUAAUAUGUACAUAUAUACAUAAUACUAAUAUAAUACACUAUAAUACCACACUGGGUACAUACUGCUAAAAUAAUACACUAUAAUGCUACACUGGUUACAUACUGCUAAAAUAAUACACUAUAAUAGAAUACACUAUAAUAGAAUACACUGGAAUAUAAUACACUAUAAUACUACACUGGGCACAUACUGCUAAAAUAAUACACUAUAAUACUACACUGGGUACAUACUGCUAAAAUAAUACACUAUAAUACUACACUGGGUACAUACUGCUAAUAUAAUACACUAUAAUACUACACUGGGCACAUACUGCUAAAAUAAUACACUAUAAUACUACACUGGGUACAUACUGCUAAAAUAAUACACUAUAAUACUACACUGGGCACAUACUGCUAAUAUAAUACACUAUAAUACUACACUGGGUACAUACUGCUAAUAUAAUACACUAUAAUACUACACUGGGUACAUACUGCUAAUAUAAUACACUAUAAUACUACACUGGGUACAUACUGCUAAUAUAAUACACUAUAAUACUACACUGGGUACAUACUGCUAAAAUAAUACACUACAAUACUACACUGGGUACAUACUGCUAAUAUAAUACACUACAAUACUACACUGGGUACAUACUGCUAAUAUAAUACACUACAAUACUACACUGGGUACAUACUGCUAAUAUAAUACACUACAAUACUACACUGGGCACAUACUGCUAAUAUAAUACACUACAAUACUACACUGGGCACAUACUGCUAAUAUAAUACACUACAAUACUACACUGGGCACAUACUGCUAAUAUAAUACACUACAAUACUACACUGGGCACAUACUGCUAAUAUAAUACACUAUAAUACUACACUGGGCACAUACUGCUAAUAUAAUACACUAUAAUGCUACACUGGGCACAUACUGCUAAUAUAAUACACUAUAAUACUACACUGGGUACAUACUGCUAAAAUAAUACACUAUAAUACUACACUGGGUACAUACUGCUAAAAUAAUACACUAUAAUACUACACUGGGUACAUACUGCUAAUAUAAUACACUGUAAUACACUGUGAUAUAAUACACUAUAAUACACUGUGAUAUAAUACACUAUAAUACACUGUGAUAUAAUACACUGUGAUAUAAUACACUAUAAUAUAAUACACUAUAAUACACUGUGAUAUAAUACACUGUGAUAUAAUACACUGUAAUGUGUCCCUUCUCAGCAGACCCUGAGUGCUCAUUCCACCUGCUCUCACACUCACUAUAUGCCCAGACAGGUUGAGUGGGAGGGGUGUUAGUCAUGUGACCACAAACUUUCUCUCCGGGCAAUCCUCCCCCCUAUGGAAUAAUGAGGAAUGAGUGUCCUUAGGGCGUGGAACAAACCAAAUAGGAAGGGAGGGGUGCACGAGGCACUCAGAGAGAGAGAGGAUGGGACUAUCAGGGCUUCCUGUAGAACCUCUCAGUGAUGGUGUAUGUGGACAGGUAGGUACAUUGUAUCAUUGUGGGGGCUCUGGGUGGUGUGAUCUGCUAUAUCAGGGACAGGUAGGUACAUUGUAUCAUUGUGGGGGCUCUGGGUGGUGUGAUCUGCUAUAUCAGGGACAGGUAGGUACGUUGUAUCAUUGUGGGGGCUCUGGGUCGUGUGAUCUGCUAUAUCAGGGACAGGUAGGUACAUUGUAUCAUUGUGGGGGCUCUGGGUGGUGUGAUCUGCUAUAUCAGGGACAGGUAGGUACGUUGUAUCAUUGUGGGGGCUCUGGGUCGUGUGAUCUGCUAUAUCAGGGACAGGUAGGUACAUUGCAUCAUUGUGGGGCUCUGGGUGGUGUGGAUCUUUCACAUAUCAGGACAGGUAGGUACAUUGCAUCACAGGGGCUCUGGGGAUGUGAUCUGCUAUAUCAGGGACAGGUAGGCAUACUGUAUCAGCCUGUGGGGGCUCUGGGUGGUGCGAUUCAAGCCAUUAUUUAGUACAGGUAGGUACAUUGUAUCAUUGUGGGGCUCUGGGGAUACGUGGAUUCACAUAUUAGGGAGCAGGUGAGUAAGCAUUGUAUCAUUGUGGGGGGCUCUGGGCAGUGAUCUGCUAUAUCAGGGACAGGUAGGUACGUUGUAUCAUUGUGGGGGCUCUGGGUGGUGUGAUCUGCUAUAUCAGGGACAGGUAGGUACAUUGUAUCAUUGUGGGGGCUCUGGGGGGUGUGAUCUGCUAUAUCAGGGACAGGUAGGUACAUUGUAUCAUUGUGGGGGCUCUGGGGGGUGUGAUCUGCUAUAUCAGGGACAGGUGGGGGCUCUGGGGGGUGUGAUCUACUAUAUCAGGGACAGGUAGGUACGUUGUAUCAUUGUGGGGGCUCUGGGUGGUGUGAUCUGCUAUAUCAGGGACAGGUAGGUACAUUGUAUCAUUGUGGGGGCUCUGGGGGUGUGUGAUCUGGUUAAUAUUAGGGACAGGUAGGUACAUUGUAUCAUUGUGGGGGCUCUGGGGGGUGUGAUCUGCUAUAUCAGGGACAGGUAGGUACGUUGUAUCAUUGUGGGGGCUCUGGGUGGUGUGAUCUGCUAUAUCAGGGACAGGUAGGUACAUUGUAUCAUUGUGGGGGCUCUGGGGGGUGUGAUCUGCUAUAUCAGGGACAGGUAGGUACAUUGUAUCAUUGUGGGGGCUCUGGGGGGUGUGAUCUGCUAUAUCAGGGACAGGUGGGGGCUCUGGGGGGUGUGAUCUACUAUAUCAGGGACAGGUAGGUACGUUGUAUCAUUGUGGGGGCUCUGGGUGGUGUGAUCUGCUAUAUCAGGGACAGGUAGGUACAUUGUAUCAUUGUGGGGGCUCUGGGGGUGUGUGAUCUGGUUAAUAUUAGGGACAGGUAGGUACGUUGUAUCAUUGUGGGGGCUCUGGGAGGGUGUGAUCUGCUAUAUCAGGGACAGGUAGGUACGUUGUAUCAUUGUGGGGGCUCUGGGGGUGUGAUCUGCUAUAUCAGGGACAGGUAGGUACGUUGUAUCAUUGUGGGGGCUCUGGGUGGUGUGAUCUGCUAUAUCAGGGACAGGUAGGUACAUUGUAUCAUUGUGGGGGCUCUGGGGGGUGUGAUCUGCUAUAUCAGGGACAGGUAGGUACAUUGUAUCAUUGUGGGUAUCAUUGUGGGGGCUCUGGGGGGUGUGAUCUGCUAUAUCAGGGACAGGUGGGGGCUCUGGGGGGUGUGAUCUGCUAUAUCAGGGACAGGUAGGUACGUUGUAUCAUUGUGGGGGCUCUGGGUGGUGUGAUCUGCUAUAUUAGGGACAGGUAGGUACAUUGUAUCAUUGUGGGGGCUCUGGGUGGUGUGAUCUGCUAUAUCAGGGACAGGUAGGUACAUUGUAUCAUUGUGGGGGCUCUGGGUGGUGUGAUCUGCUAUAUCAGGGACAGGUAGGUACGUUGUAUCAUUGUGGGGGCUCUGGGGGGAUGUGAUCUGCUAUAUUAGGGACAGGUAGGUACAUUGUAUCAUUGUGGGGGCUCUGGGUGGUGUGAUCUGGUUAAUAUUAGGGACAGGUAGGUACAUUGUAUCAUUGUGGGGGCUCUGGGUGGUGUGAUCUGGUUAAUAUUAGGGACAGGUAGGUACAUUGUAUCAUUGUGGGGGCUCUGGGGGGUGUGAUCUGAUUAAUAUCAGGGACAGGUAGGUACGUUGUAUCAUUGUGGGGGCUCUGGGUGGUGUGAUCUGCUAUAUCAGGGACAGGUAGGUACAUUGUAUCAUUGUGGGGGCUCUGGGGGGUGUGAUCUGCUAUAUCAGGGACAGGUAGGUACAUUGUAUCAUUGUGGGGGCUCUGGGUGGUGUGAUCUGGUUAAUAUCAGGGACAGGUAGGCACAUUGUAUCAUUGUGGGGGCUCUGGGGGGUGUGAUCUGCUAUAUCAGGGACAGGUAGGUACAUUGUGGUGUCUGUUGUUUUGAUGCAUUGCUUUUUCUAAAUAUUUUGCUUUGGCAGCUUAGUUCUUGCAGCGUAAUAUCCUGACACUCCCUUUUUUCAGGUAUUAACCGUUUGUGGACAGGUCUUGUAUCACCAUGUCUGUAGGAUUCCUAGUCGAUAUACCUGAGGAUUAUGAGGAGACCAGGUGAGCAGUUAUUUUUUUUAUUUUCCAAAAUACUGAGUUCAGUAUUGUGACACCAGGCCGCUAUCAGAAAUUUUGGGGCCCCUAACACAACCCCAAGCCAGCCCACAGGCCCUUCCUCCAAAUCCUGCCCACAGGAAUACACACAUAGGCACAAACACAUGCACUGAUACAAAAGAACAAAGAUAUACACACAUACUGAAACAGACAUACACACAUAUACAGACAACUGUCAUGGUUGUCACUCCCUGAUGGCGGCCCUGUGUGACACUGUAUAGUGCCCAGUCCCUAAUCUUAGGGCAGCACAGAAUAUUCAUGUCUCACCCUGCCUGAGAUUAGUGGGCAUGUGACACUGUAUAGUGCCCAGUCCCUAAUUUUAGGGCAGCACAGAAUAUUCAUGUGUUACCCUGCCUGAGAUUAGUGGGCAUGUGACACUGUAUAGUGCCCAGUCCCUAAUCCCAGGGCAGCACUGGAUAUUCAUGUCUCACCCUACCUGAGAUUAGUGGGCAUGACACCGUAUAGUGCCCAGUCCCUAAUCCCAGGGGAAGCACAGAAUAUUCAUGUAUCAGGCUGUCUGAGCUUAGUGUGAGUGUUUUAUGUAAAUCAAUACAUAAUGCUGCUUAAUGAUCUGAAGGGCUACUCCUGGCACCAUGACCACUUCAGUGAUGUGAAGUAGUCAUGGUGCCCAGAGUCUGUAAGUGUACCAUUUCAUUACUAAGUGCUUACGUCCAGAGUUUAACCCCUCUGGUGUAAAUAAACCUCCGGUAGUGUCAUGGGAGUGUAAUUAUCCAGCUUGGAAGUAGACUUUCUGGACUGUCACUUUUUGGAACUUUUCACGCACAGAGUGACGCCCAUUGGCUGAGAACAGUCACCUGGUCCUAGAACCCUGAGGGUAGCACGAGCUGUCUAAUUGGGACUGUCCCUCCUAAAUUAGUUGGGAGGCAUGCAUACAGUCAGUGAUGUACUUAGUAUCUGUGCUGCCCUAGGCAUGACGGAACUUGGGCACCCCCUAAUUUACAUUUGCCCCACCUCUUCCUGUUAAACAACUAACACACACUUUGACUGACACAAUCAGUGACUCACUGACAUAUACACACACACAAUGACGCAGACACACAUUCACCGACAGACACUCACAGACGCCCUUGCUGACACAAUCACUCAGAAACAAACACAUUCACUGACAGACACACACUCACUCACUGACAAACAGCCACACCAUGACAGACAUAGACACACAAUCACUCAGACACACACACUGACAGACAUACAUACACACACACACACACACUGACAGACAUACACACACACACACACACUGACAAACACAUCCACCCCCCCCCCCUCCCCAAACAUUAAUUAAUAGAUUACUUUUCCUAUUUUAGAUUAAAUCCACCCAGCCUCCCUACAUUUGGAAGUGCUGGGUGGAUAUUUUUAUUUAUUUUUUUUAACCUUGGGUCCAGUGGGUCUUCUUGCAGGGAGGGAGGCAGGCAUGCAGGCGGGUGAGCAGCUAACUAAAAAUCCAUGACGUUAUAUUCAGGCUCCUGGCAUCACUCUGCGGUGCGCGAGGGAGCUGAGCAGAGGGCUCACUAAUAUGUGCUCCACCACCGGCCCCCACCCGCCUGGAUUUUUAGUUAGCCGAAUGCUGCCAGGCUAACAAGGUAUUUGCCUGGGCAUUUGGGGGUGGCGUUUUUUGCCGCCCCCUGGAAAGUGCCACCCAAGGCAAAUGCCUUGUUUGCCUCAUGGCAAAUACUUCCCAGAGUAGAGCCCCCACCCGCUGCUCAUGGGUGGGGGCCGAGGGGGGGACACUAGGUUAGUUAGUGGACCCUAGUCGAUGUACCCACCAUUACUGUUAUAGGUGCCCCACUAUGGGGGGACUUUAUUAGGGGUGUGAGGGGGUCUUUUACACAACUGUUUAGUAAACAUGCCCCUACUGACCCUAUAGCGAGUAAGGGCAGAAGGGAGAUUUUAAUCUCCCUUAAUUACUGAUACUAAGUAAUCUGUAAUCAAUGUUGGUCUUUCAGCCAUUUAAUAGAUAGGCCCAUAAUUCCCACAGUAUUAUGGCGCUAUCUACUAAGCAGUUGCAAGAUGCAGCUGCAGCACAAACAAGAUCAGAAUUUCAUUCAUUCGAAUAUAGUGCUCAUUCUGGUAGGACGAAAUUCUGUAGUUUCGCCAGCAUUUGAACGCCGAAUGAAGCACAGGAGGAAGGUGAGUAUUGUGGGAAAAUUGCUUUGAACACCGGAAAUGGAGAGGACUUUGUUCCUCCUCUGGGUCACAGCUGGGCAAGAGUAUGAAAAAUACAUAGGACAAAAUAGUCCCUACUUUGUCCUAUGUUUUAAAGAAAACUAGAUCAGACAGGAAGAAAUGAAGAAUACAUUCUGAGAGAGAGAGAGAGAGAGAGAGAGAGAGAGAGAGAGAGAGAGAGAGAGAGAGAGAAAAAAAAAAGGAAAGGAAGCGAUUGGGGUGGGUAAGUUCAGCAUGACAGUGCCGCUUGAAUAAGGUAAUAAUAAACUUUACUAUGUAAUACACCGGGGUCCAAUAAGCAAGCAUUACUAUGUAAUAUAGUGCUACGUGUUAAUAGGAUAUUACACCGGGGUCCAAUAAGCAUUACUAUAUAAUACAGUGCUACGUGUUAAUAGGAUAUUACACCGGGGUCCAAUAAGCAUUACUAUAUAAUACAGUGCUACGUGUUAAUAGGAUAUUACACCGGGGUCCAAUAAGCAAGCAUUACUAUGUAAUACAGUGCCACGUGUUAAUAAGGUAUUACACCAGGGCAGUGGUGUAUCCCGGUUUUGUGCUGCCCUAGGCAGGGCAAAACUGAGGCGCCACCCCCACCCAACCCUCCCUCUCCCCACCCCGCAUUCUAAAUACACACACAUUUUCACUGACAGAAACACAUACUCUCUAACACACACACGCACACACUAGCAGACACAGUCAGACACACACACAAACAGACAAACACACUCACUCACAUUAACACUCACUUUUUUUAUUUUAUUUUUUUAAUUUAACCCCCCCAGCCUCCUUACCUUUAGGAAUGCUGGGUGGGGGUGGGGGGGGGGGUCUCCCUCUCCCUGGGGCUGCUGGGCUGGCUGAUGGGCUGGUUGCUGGGCGGGCGGCGCUGGUGAGGGAGCACGUUCCUCUGAGCUGUCUGCUCAGCUCCUUCGCAAGCCGCCCGCAGAGUGAGGCUGGGAGCCAGAAUAUAACGUCAUGACAGCUCAGGGGAAAGUGCUCCCUCGCAAGGCUAACAAGACAUUUGCCCUGGGCAUUUGGGGGCGGCUUUUUUUUUGCCGCCCUCUGAAAAAUGAAAAUGGCUAAAACGUCCCUGCAUACAGUGUGGCUCUAGCUGUACAUUUAUUUCUUUACGUUUUAUUUCUCUCUCUUUGCAGUCCGACUGAUGAAUUUGACGUACACAACUCCUUCUGCAGUGUGAUUCAAGAUUUAGAACAUGGAGGAGACAUUGAACUACAACAGCUUGGCACAGGUGCAAGCCGGGAGCCGUAUGCUUUGUGCAUGAGCCGUAAUGCAGAUUUUAGAUUACUUACAUCGAUUAGGCCGGGGGUUAUCCAUGGGGUGGUGACUUCUGGGUGUACACAGAGUUUAUUAGCACCCCUGUGGGUGUGGUCUCACUAACCACUGUGCCUCCUCAUUGAGGUUAUACCAAUGUAUGUCUGUGAAGAUGCUGAAUGCCAGUGCUGCAAAAAUGGCAGAACUUUAAUAGGAAGUGCCCCUAGUGGCUGUUUUGAGUAUCCAUCAUUGGUGGUGUGCUGAGGGAUAAAUGUACAUUUAGACACAACUUCACAGCGCUCUGUGUGAUGUCACUUCCCAUUCCCGCUCCGCCUCCUCGCUCACACACAGUCUGUCCGCAGGGGCCUGGCGCAUGUAGCCGCUUGCCCUCACAUACCACGGAUGCAGCCCAGGAUUAGGGAUGAUAAAAUGCUCUAACAAUGUUUGAAUCCAUCUCUAUUGUCCAGCAAGUCCAUCCCGAGACGUGUUAGUAAAUAUUGAUUUUUUUUUUUUAAAAGCGGGUUCUGUGGGCACGCUCAUGACUAACGCGAUUAACACAUUGUGUGAUAUGCUGCUCAUCCACAUGGGAGUCGCAGGUCUGUCUUUUCAGCAGACGAGGUUAUUGCGCAGAGACUGCUGCUCUCAGUGUUCAGACAGUGGAGAUUGAGAGGAUUUACCUGAAAACACAAUUUCACGCUGAAAACAAAAGGUUCUCAAGUUGGCUCGGCAGAUCUCGCUGCACGUUAGCAAACAGAGAAUGUGCUGACAUGUCAGAGCUGUAUUAUACACAAGUUCAGUUGACUUUCCAGUGUCUGAGUUACAGACCCUUUAGCCAAAACGGAGACUUUACUAAUUCGUGCUACUGUGGCUUAUUGACUAAAAAGUGCGUUUUAGUGAAAAAAAAAAAAUAAAUCUGAUAAAUUCAAAACUGAGAUGGCGAAUUUUUCCAAAUCCACACACUUUUCCUAAAUUGUGCAACUUGGCUUUCAUUUCACGGUUUAGUAAAUAAAGCCUUGAAUCUCCCAUUCUGUGUGUGAGCGGUCUUUGCUUGAUUGCACCCCACCCAACAUCACCCAAUAAUAACCAUCUACUUGGUGAGCCCUCUUUAUUCAUACAGGCGUAACCGAACGUCGGUUUUGGCACAACACAACCGACUUAUUUCAGUCUUGGCCUUUGUCCCCGACUACAAAUAUAUACAUUUGUGGUCAGAGCAAUAAAGCUGUAAUGGUUAGAUAACAUAUACCGAUAGCAUAACAUAACUUUUAAACACCAGUAAGUUGUUGUGUGCUGGAACCAACAAUGUAGUAGGCCUGUAAUAAGAGGGUGAUGUGAAAAGAGGGAGUAGUGGGAGGGGAAACUCGUCAGACCAAUAUCUGUAUGUGAGAGAGGAUUGGAGGCCCUUUUAAAGGGGACCCCAAGACCCUCCCACAACUACAGGCCCAGUCUUGGGAAAAAAAAAUAAAUAUAUAUAUAUAUAUAUUAUUUGUUCUUAUAAAUGUGAAAAUAUAUAAAUUGGCCACACUUUUCUCUAAUAAAACAUGUGAGCCCAGCAACUACAAUGUCCGUUUCCUGCUUGUUACGUCUCUGCAUUCAGAAAAACGCGUCGCCAUUAUCCACAUUCACUAACAUUACACACAGAUACAGGGAUGAAGUAACGGGACAUUUUCAGGUACGGUGUGAUAAAAUGUACAAUAUACAAGCUGUACAGGGGAAAUCACAAAAUGUAUCCAUGGGCUGUCACUGGUAUUUGUGUCAUUUUUGUUCCUGUAUGUUAGUUCUUGUGUUUGAUUGUCUUGUUUUGAUGUCUGAAAGGUGAUGUGCAAUAUAGACCAGCUGAAUAUCAAGCGGCCACCUUGAAAAUUCUGGCAGAUAUGCCAAGCCGGACAAUUGGUAAUUAUCAUUUAUACCUACUUAUGUUUUAUGUUCGUUAAGAGGGAAACCAGCCCAGUUGCUCUAUCAAGGGGCAGUCGUUACAUUAAUGGGCAGUCGCUCUAUAAACGGGCAGUCGUUAUAUUCACGGACAGUCCCUAUAUUAAUGCAGCAGUGACCUGUCUUCUAGUAGCAUGACUGACCUGUGAAUGUUUGGUGACUGUCUCUUUUUUUUUUUUUUUUUUUCAUUCUCAUUUCAGGCCGCUGCAGGGGAGCAACGCUUUGUGAGUACUACAACCGUACCGUGAUAAAGCGACGAUCCAAAAAAAGGCCAUCCGUUUAUAAUUUACUGCGCUCCUCCAGGCCCAGCCUGCGGCACAGGGAUGAGGUUACAGAGGGAGAAGAGGGUAAGCACAGAGGCUGAAUGCAAAGAUCAAAAACUGGAAUUGCAAAGAGAGGUUGUAGGGGACCUUGGCAUAGAAUGAAGAGCAACUGAUUAAAGGUCUCAGUUUUAUAUUUUUGAAGUGUAUGUAUGUGUGUGUGUAUGUAUGUUUGUAUGUGUAUAUAUGUAUAUCUCAAAAUAUAAAAUCAUUUGAAAAGCUUAGCUAAAAAUAUAAAAUCGAGGACUUAGAGAAACAUGCAUUUUGAAUGUUUUGAACAAAACCCGAAUUGUCUCUGAAAGUCCCCAAGUUCUCUGCAUGUUUUUUGAUUGUAAGUCUCUCAACAGAGCAACAGCAGCUGCUGGUUUCGGAACUUCAGAAGACGUCGGGGGCCCAGAGGACACACUUACUAAAGAGCUUCCCUCUCAGUCUUCGUGUGAAGAGGCAGUUAAGGUGAGUAUUCCGGAACUGACCAACUGUAGCCCCACACCCCAGUUCCAAUUCUGAAGCCCCCGAGCCAUACCCAUACCAGUAGCACCCCUUACUAUUCCGUUUUCUCCCAGGCACUUAACGACUGAAGGAAGCUGGAGGCAACAGAACGUGAUCCCUUGCUGCAGCGGACUGCGAGACGACCUGAGCAUGGUGAGACUGUGCACGUUGGCUGUCCUUUGUAACCGUGUAAUGUAACUCCCUUUCUAUCCCAUUAAACAGUCCGACUGUCUUCUCUUGAGAUACGCCUUAAGAUGCACUGUCUUUCUCUCCAGGCAAAUCAUCAGUGUUGGUUGUCCUGUCUGUCUGCAAUGUAUGCGCUACGUCCAUGGCAAAAAUCGCUAAAACAGAUCGGGGGACGCUUUGGUUCCAGCGUUCUUUCAUACUUUGUCUUUCUAAAAACCCUUCUUGGAUUCAACAUCUUCAUGUUCUUCUUGUGCGUUCUGUUCAUUGUCACCCCACAAGCCGUGCACCCCCAGAUGGACCUCAAUCCACGAUCGUUUGUUGGCCUGGAGCUACUCACUGGAGCUGUAAGUGUCCCUCACCAUUUACAAAGGGCUUUCUGAGAAGAACUCCGAUGUUUGGAAACAUUUAGGUUAGAAACAAAAGUGUAAAUAAACCUACUUUCAGGGCGUUAGAAUCUUAUUUAAUGAAUCUUUCACGGGCUUCAUCAAUCUCAGCCCAAUAACUCACAGAAUUAAAGGGCAUCCUGUCAAACCAGGCUGGCAGUCUGACAGCCCAAAGUAGUCAUGAGAUGACCAGCAUUAAUACUCGGAGACAGCCCUGGAUUUUCAGUUAUCAUGAUCUGGGGCAUAAUCGGAUAAUAACUGGAUCUUGUGUCGGAGUUUUGCAAGGACAUUACCCCUAGCUUCCAUUGUGUGGGGAAAAUGUGUUACUGCUAAUGUCGUAGCCCUAUUGGUUAUAAUUUAGAUUUGUCUUUUCUUAAAGGGUUACCAUAAGCACCAUAACCACUACAGCCCACUGCAAUGAUUAUGGUCUCAGGAGUCCACUGGUGUGGCCUGACCUUAAACUCUUAACCUUUUAAGAAUGUUCUGAUGUUUACCGGUCAAUCAUGUGCCCACAGUCCUUUGGGUAUUAUCUUGUCAAGAUGGGCUGAUAUUAGUGGUCUGAAAGUAAUUCGCUGAUUAGCCUGCACGUAUAUGAUUUGACAAUUUACUGAAUGUCUCGACCAGGGGACUCCUGGCACCAUAAAUAUUACAGCGCACACCAUCAAAACUACAACUUACACCAUCAACACUACAACUCCCACCACAAAUACUUCAGCGCACUAUAAUGGUUAUAAUGCUUAGAGACACUAACUGCCUCUUUUCCUCCCUAGGGGUAUUUCUCGAGCUCUGCUAUGUAUUACGGUUACUAUAGCAACCUUACUCUGAAUGAUGAGUGUUCUGAAUAUAAUUCCACCACGUGUCCGAACACCAAGACUUGGCUCCCUUACCAAAUGCCACUAGCGUAUCUAUACACCAUCGGUGCAGCUUUCCUCAGCACGUGCAUUAUCCUGGUCUACAGGUAGUUCUUUAUUAUGUUUCUUAUAUUUUACUUUUGUUUUCCUGUCUCAUCCUAUUCCCAUUGCAGUAAUUACCACUUUAACGCUCUGGCUCUAAACCACUACUGCGAGAUAAAGGUUCACUAGCCUGGCCGAUACAUUGUGUUAAAUAAUUAGUCUUCUCGCGAAUGUAACUCUGGCGUUUUUUUUUGUUUUUUUCAUGUAAUGUAUCGAACCUAGAAGUAUAUUGCUGGCCUCCCAAUCGUCCCAAUUUUGGCUGGACAGUCAGGAUUUUGGGGUCUUGUCCUGGGUUUGUUCUAACGCUUUUCAUUACACGCUUGCGCUACGCUAAGGACACUAGGACCCUGCACACAAGGCUGACAUGCCAGCUCUUGCAAUAGACCGGCCCACAUUCUGGGUCAGUCUGCCUCCUUUGGGCAGCCCAGUGUCACGAUUCACAUCCUAUUGAGUGUAUGCAGCUGUGUACAUACAUGCAAGGUUUAUAUUGUUGCAAUGGAGACCCAUUUCAAGUUAUUAAACAAGUGGUACGUAACACAAGCAAAAAUGAAUGAUUUCUCCUGUUGGAUUUGUGGGGCCUCUAUAGGUAACCUGUUCAAUCUAAGUUUAUAGCUGCCGUGCCGUCAUUGACAUCCAAUCAAGUGAUUGGAAGAUUCUGGCACAGUCUGCGUUUUCUGCAUAAACCGUGCAUUUGGUGUUCUACACAAGUCAUUCUAUCAACAUGAAUUUUACACAAUGCCUUAAAUUGUUCCUAAUCUGUCUCUUCCAGGAUGUCUUGCUCUUUCGGAGACAGUUUUCGGAUCGGUUAUUUCUCGGGAGUUAUGGCCCUUAAAGUUUUCAGUUCCUGGGAUUUUAAAGUGACUCGGAUUCAAUCUGUGCAGAGACAGCGAGAAAAUAUCUACAUGCAGCUAAAAGUAAGGAAUACGAUUAACUGUGUAAUAUCCAUUUUCAUUUCUACAUCAUGUACGAAGUUCCAAUCCAACCAUUUUCCAACAAUCAAUGUUACUGAAGUUAAAGAACAACUGCCGUGAAAUAUGAGGACAAUUCCAUUAAAACUAAACUUGAACCAACUCGAAUGUGUCUCUAAGCACCAAAACAACUUUAAUUAAAGAAGUGUUUUAGUGUAUAAUUGUGUCUCUGCUCCAUUCUCAGCCGUUCACAUACCUCCCAAGUGUCCCUGUUUAGGAAUGACAGUCCCGGUUUAGGAAUGACAGUCCCCGGUUUAGGAAUGACAGUCCCCUGUUUAGGAAUGACGGCCCCGGUUUAGGAAUGACAGUCCCUGUUUAGGAAUGACGGCCCCGGUUUAGGAAUGACGGUCCCGGUUUAGGAAUGACAGUCCCUGUUUAGGAAUGACGGCCCCUGUUUAGGAACGACGGUCCCGGUUUAGGAACGACGGUCCCGGUUUAGGAACGACGGUCCCGGUUUAGGAACGACGGUCCCGGUUUAGGAACGACGGUCCCGGUUUAGGAAUGAGGGGCUUAGGAAUGACGGUCCCGGUUUAGGAAUGACGAUCCAUGUUUAGGAACGACAGUCCCUCUUAUUCUGUCCUAAUGUCCCCAAUUUUCUUUUCUUCUUUCUUGAAAUCUGCAAACACUUUCCAGGGAUAAAGUCUGUAACUGCUGGGAAUUCAAAGUGAAUUCUAAAAAAAGGCCAAAAUAGAAUUAACGUUUUCUCAUUUCUGACUAUUUUGGCCUAAAUUUGAAUCCACAGCAAUUCUCUCUUUAGUAAAUAACCCUGUUGUGUUUCAGUAGCUUGAAGACCGAACUCAGAAUGUUUCACUUUCGUUCUCGCGCGCGAUAAGUGGACAUUGCGUCCUGGCGAGGGAGCAAAGUCCCCUCUAAUUGUGCGCAACACAUUCAGAGAAAUAUCCUCGUGGACACUCUCCUAGACAUCUGUACAUACCCGUAUAUGCAGAAUAGAAAUCUUAAACACAUAUUUACAGACACAUAAGUACACAUAGUAUACAAGCCCAUUCUAUGUGCAUAUUGACUUAUACCCCCACAAACAUUUACAUAUAGACACACACCUAGUGCAAUGUUAACUACAUCAAAGGCACCCUGACUUUCCCUGAACACCCACACUUUUACACACAUUCACACCAGCCCUUAAUAUACUUUUAUACACCCUGCAUUCCUCUAUUCACUGGUCCAUGUUUCGUUUACACACAACCAUCCACGUAUACACCUAUGGACCGACUCACAAGCAUUCACACACAACACACUUACCCACCCUCCCUUCACAAACGCAUGCACUGACCCUCUACACAGAUAUAUUACUGCAUUCAUAUACACAACUCCAGUAACACACACAAUGACACUCAAUGCCGCGAACAAAAAUAGAAUAAUAUAACGAAAAACAAGUUUCUGCAAAUAUUUGUGGUGGCAAGUAACUUUUGAAGCGUGGCUAGUGGGUUAUAAAGUGCCAUUUUGAGACCUGGCAUAAAGGGACUAAUCAAAUUGUGUCUGUAAAAUAGAACUCUGAGUGUAAUAAGUAUAUAAUUGUUAGGAACCUGAAAAGCUCAUUAAUUGUGUGUGUGUGUGUGUGUAGACCACGUCAUGAAAUAGCCGUUUUCUCCCCGUACCAGGAGAUGCUGUGCGAGGACACCCAACAUCCCCAUUACAUCAGGAAGCGGCUGCAGAGUGUCUGUGUCCACGUUUUCUCCUGGAGCCUGUGUCUUUGUAGCUGGCUGGGGUCUGCGGUGGCUGUGUUCAUCUUGUCUGAACAACUGCACAAGGUUCGUCAACGCCGGGGGGGAAGGGAACUAUCUGGAUGUGAGAGGGGGCAAUAAACUUAGACGGGGCAAUAAAAGCAGCACAGGUGGAGGUCCUGGGAACGAUUAAAAGGACAAACAGUAACAGAAAUCCCCUGGUAUGCUCUACCUGUGCAUGUAUUCCUCUAGCCCUUCGUGUCUGUGUGUCUGUCUAUCCUACCUGUCUGUCUAUCUCUCCUGUCUACCCUCCCACAAAAGGAAGGGAGGGGGAAUAUAAAUAUUCUUCCAAAGUUCUGCUUGUUUGUCAGCUGGGGUUGUGAGUUAGCCCAUAUUUCAAGGCGUGCCGUACAGCUAUUAACAUCUAUUGCCACGACAGACCGUGUCAAUAAAAAGAACUACCUUCCAUCAAAAUAUAUUGCAAUAGAGAAGAUGGUUUAUUAGAAUUAUUGAAUUUUGGGGGAAUUUAGUGAAAAGCUCACACAUUGUAUUCACCACUAUCGAUCGCCAUUGUAAUUGUUUAUAUUAGUGACCUGGUAAAAUAUUAUCACGAGUCUACAAAUCCUAAAUUCUACACUAAAUUAGUUUGUUUGCUGUAAGUUGAAAUACAAUAUCUCUAUAUUAUUUAAAGCUAUACAGACUCAUUGUAGUUUGGAUUAAACCGUAUUACUGUGUGACCACCUUCCUCCACGUGUGACCUCUAUAGUGUUCAUGUGUUUAUAAGAACAGUCUGGAUAUUUUACCUUUUUAGGAGACCUUUUGGCAUAGGACUCCGUUAUGAGGUUUCCCUGAUUGUUGGUAGGUGAGCUUACACGUUGGCAUUUAGAGUGGUUCUACAAUCUGUUAUUUAAAUGUACCCCGGGGUACGAGAUAGUGUGCAGGAAGCUACACCCUAGGUAUUCUGUUCACGUUGAAAUACAGGAAGCGAGGUGGUUAUACUAUAAAGUCUACCAUAGAGAGUCUUUCAGGGAGAGACAAGACUACAAAGAAGCCGGGGUGGUAUAGUGAGCUGGAGGUCAGGGCAAGAAAGGAGAAGCUCAGGUAUGAUUUAUAUGGUAAAUGGUGGUUGGUGCUUUACUUACAGGAUCACCGUGUAAGGCUGAGGACGAGGGGGGAGCAAGAGGUGGAGGCAAUGCUUUUACCACUACCACUAGCAGUGUCCAUAUGUAACCUUUUCCUGCCCUACAUAUACCAUGGCCUUGGACUGUGGGAAAAACUCAGCUCCCCUAUGCUGGAGGUCUAUGUCGCUAUCUGCAGGUAUGGACAUGGAAGCCUCAUCGUAUUGUGAUUUUCCCCCCAACACUCACACUCUUCUACAGUGUGUUUUAUCAAGCCUCCUGUUUCACCCCAUAUCUUCUGACACUGUUCUCCUGCUUCAGGAACCUUAUUCUGAAGAUAGUCAUCCUUGGCGUAUUGUGCUACCACUGGUUGAGUCGAAAGGCGAACUAUAUGGAGAACAAGGUGAAUCAAAUUCCCCGUUUACUAUGGAAUGAAUGUCACAUCAAACUAACUCUGACAAUUAUACAGUAUUGCGUCCUACAUCCUUGUAUGUUAUCUUGUCAUGGUGCAAGAACGAGCCAGAUGUAGGCCAGUGAAUAUAAGGGGAGAAGAUGCAUCCCUGUGUCCUUCAAAUAUACCCCUUCUUACAGUUUCUAAUUUCUCUGUUUAUUUAUUUCCAUUUUGCAGACACUCCCCAAUAGUUCUAUUUGGCAUUAGCAGCAUAAGACCUUUAUGAAGAUAUUACGAAGACCUUUAGAAUAAGUUUAUUAAACUUGCUGUAAUUUAUCUAGCUCAUGACCGUACCAACUUUUUAGCUGCUAGUUUCUUCCUCCUCAAAUGUCCCUGUUCUCAGUCUGAAAACUCUGUUUUUCACGCAGUGCUGGGAGACCUUUGUUGGGCAGGAGCUAUAUCGGUUUGUAAUAAUGGAUCUGGUGUUUACGCUGCUGGACACUGUUUUUGGGGAGCUGCUGUGGAGGUAAGUCACUGUGUUUGUUCAGUCCGUGGCGGUGCUAGUAACCCAUCGCGUGUCAAUCCUCUUCACUCCCUUUAUUCUCUGUGGCAGGAUCAUCCUGGAGAGGAGACAUAGACAGAAGCGCAGGACAGAGUUUGACAUUGCGCGGAAUGUCCUGGAAUUGAUAUAUGGGCAGACCUUAGCAUGGUGAGUUUGUUACAUUGUUACCCAUUUGGGAGCAAUCUGUGGCAAAGUUCUAAAAGGGGGAUAUUCCAUUGGUUUCCAUGGCGGUAGCUCUUUUAGAAUUUUUCCCCAGAAUAGACCUUGAUAAAUAUACACCUCACUCAGCUUGUGUAAUGUGGGAUUUCACAUUUAUCCAGAACUGUCUCAUUCUCUGCGUGCUAAACAUAGUUUUAUUGGAUAAAAUUAAUAUGGAAAUUGAUCGGCCUCGUGCUUUGUAGGGUACUUAAGAUUUGUAUUUAUUUAAAGAACAUUUAAACUUUUUAUAAUUUAUUUAUAAUGUUAGUGUUUCUUUUAACAUUUAUAUCCAGCCCACCUGCUAUAGAAAUAUAUAAACUGCCUUUUUAUCCAGUGCUGUCAUUGAGAUGCUCUGUAGUCAGAACUCCUAGAUAAGUAAAUGUAGCGCUUCUCAUGUUAUCCAAACGUGAGAUCAAUUAUCAGUGUUCUAUCCAUGAUGACGCCACAGGUGAAGACUAUCAAAGGUCUUCUUCAUGAGGUACUGUCUCUUGUGGCCGAAAGCAUGUCCUCUUACAGAAGUAAACAUCGCUGUUUCUCAUAAAUGGCAGUUAUUCUAUUUGUCAGACUGCAGAGAUAGGGUCUUGGCACCAAAACCACUACUAGCAUUUUAUAGAAUGCCAACAGAUUCCUAAAUAAUUUACAAUUGUAAAAUGUGGAUAUCUGACAACAGGUAAUUUACACACAGACUAGAGCAGAGACGAGGUGAAAAAGGCCCUGCUCAAACGUUGUGUAGCGUUUUUUGUGCUUAAUGUCCCUUUAAGGAUACCUCCAUUAUAUAUUUCUUUGCUAACCACAAGACGGUGCUACUUCAGAUAAUAUUGUAGGAUAACCUGAUCGGUUCUGGAUCUAAUCUAACCAUCGUACGGCCAUGUUUUUACCUUUUGGAUCUAAUAGCUGUAAGACACAAGCUUCCACACACUUACACUGUAGCCCAGGGACAGCCAAGAGCCAGACUGCCAACUGUGAGUAGAACUACAAGCCCCACAAUGUGUGAGAGCGCGGGGAGUUGUGAUCGUUUAACAGGCAGGGGUCCAACAUAUUGAGCACCUCUGGUUAAGUCCUUUUACUGCCUCCCCCUCGACAUUUUCUCUGCUUUUUAAAUUUUAAUAAAUAAAUAGUAGAAUUAAAUCAUCUCUGCCCCUCUUGUUUUGUGUCCAUUGAAGGCUCGGAGUCCUCUUCUGUCCGCUCCUUCCAGCUGUCCAGAUUAUCAAGCUUUUACUGUUAUUUUACGUAAAGAAGGUGAGAUUUGUGAUCUUAUUAUAAAUUAAUAUAAUGCAGUCACAGUGCAUUAUGUCUGCUGUGGGUUUUUUUUCUCAGAUACUUUGACAGUUGGGUAGCUCACUAUGUAUCUGGUCUAUGUGGAUCAAUAUACAAGCCAGACAUUUAUCAUUUUCUUUCUUUAUUUGAGGGUAUUUCUUUAACUUGAUGCACCAGUUCUAUAAUCCGAUGCCUCUCUUCAUUGGACAGCGAUUGUUUACUGACUCUUACUCAUUUGUUCCAGAAAACAUUUAAAGAUCUAGGCACAGAACUGCCGUUUCCAAGAAUUGAUACUUUGUUAGUAUUCUAGGAUUACUGUUAGACGUGUCAUUUAUUAGCCGUUUAUCUCCUAGCAAUGUGUGGCCUCCAUGUGGGAGCAGUUUAGUCUUUAGAUAGGGUCACAGUGUGGUUGGACUGCAUACUAUUCAUGUUUUCUUUGUAACAGGCCAGCCUGAUGACGAACUGCCGCUCCCCAAAAAAGCCCUGGAGGGCUUCUCACAUGAAUACAAUAUUUCUUACCCUCCUCUGCUUCCCCUCCUUCCUGGGAGCCGCUGUGUUCCUCUCCUACACUGUGUGGUCGUAAGUAGCAUGUACAAACACGCGAAAAUCACCAAUAUCGGCCUUGAAAUGGCAGAAUGGAGACUGUGGGGUUUGUUUGCUAAACUGGGGAAUAAAUUAAACAGGGAAACGCACAUUUUAUGCUAAAAGAUUGGAAUUGGAAAGUUGUUUUUUUUUUUUCCCCAGCUUAAAAUGCAGUUUCUUUGUCAAUCCACCACAAUCCCCGGUUUAGUGAAUAAAGUCAUGUGAAUGAAGAAUAUCGAUCAGUUCUUGUAUAGCGCCCGUAUCCAGGGAAUCGGUGUACUUACACACAGGCAGACUGUCAACCCUUCUAUACAGACUGUGAGCUUACAAUCUAACGGGAAAAUAAAACACAUGGUAACAACGGCGUGACGAAACACUUCUCACAUUCCUCCCACAAAUAAUAUCUUACGGAAACGUAACCUAACUAGUUAAAACUGCACUGUAGUGUUAGGAAUACAUGUUUGUAUUCUUAUCGCUAUCGUGUCCCUUUAAACAGAGGUUUCCCCUCACCCUGGACCACUUCCUCCAGUUAGAUUGCCUCUUGCUAGGCUAAGGCACCCAGGAGGCCAAUGAGGCCCCAAUCUGAAGGUGUAUUUUUAUUUAUUUUUUUCUAGUUACUAGCCUCUUAGAAGUCACGACAGCUGGAACACCACCUGCUGGCUGACCCUGGUAUUGAAAGCCAGUUUCUGUGUAUGAAUUUGUUUUGUUUUUUAAAUCCCUUCCAGUGGAGACAAUCAAUGGUAGAACAUGAAAUGGGGCUUGGAGUGCUCCUUAAAACUAUCCAACAACUCCAUUCGAGAUGUAACCACAUUAUUCACUAAAGUGAGAAUUCAAAGUAAAUUUCAAAUUUUAGACCAAAUUAGAAGCAUGGCUGACAGAUAUUUUUUCCAGUUCGGCUAUUUUGGCCUUAAAUGUGAAAUAAACGGUGAAUUCCCCCUUAGGCAUGUUACGUCCGUAGCAAGUGUUCAGGGGAUUUCAAUCCCAUUUGGAACUGUGGUUAGGGAGGCCUAUAUAAGCGUAACGGAGAACCUAUAUUGAUAUUUGUAUAGAUUUACGGAGUAGUGGUAUCUCGGUGAUCCCUUGAGAAAUACAAAGUUUGGAAGAUUCUGGAGAGACCAUUAAACUAAUGGCUGAAUAUAGACUAGAGAUGGAGGGAAGGCUGUGAUAGAAGGUAUGAGACUGUCCAGUGGGUUUAAAUGUGUAAUGGUGGAGGUAGUAUGUUUUAGGAGUACAAAUGGCUAUGUUAAUGGGGGAGGUUGAAUUGUAAAUGCAUUCUUUGUAGAUCAGCCAGUAGUAAGGAGCUCCUUAUUGUGUGGACCAUCCUAAUGACAUAGGACAACGGGUCAAAUCCAAAGAAACAUGUGCUUCCCAAGUAUCCAGUUAGAAUGUGUUAGCAGGGGUGGCCAGAGUGGCCAUAAAAUAGCCCCCAGCUGUUGCCCAUGACAAGGAAAGCUUCAUGGAACUUGUAAUAGGAUUACUGUUUGACCCUUCCUACAGCUCAACGUGGAGGCUUUAAAACAUUGAUUAAUCUUGGUCUCUUCACGUAUCUAUACUUCCACCCUUGCCUCUGUCUAAUUGUUCUUACCUUAGUGACCAGCUUGCUCCAUCUCUCAUCCUUAGGGUGAAACCCUCAAACUCCUGUGGUCCAUUUCGCUCUCUCGGAACCAUGUCUGAGGCUGGAAAAUAUUAUGUUCAGCUGUUGGGGAAGACCAACCCAAAACUAAGCUGGAUAAACUGGAUCCAUCACUACCUCUGGGAGAACACCUUCUUCAUUUACUUGGCAACAGGAGUCCUGCUGUGAGUUACAGAGAGGAGAGAUUUCUUAAAGGGAAACUAUAGUGUAAAAUGUAUAUUCUGGGUGAGAACCAGAUGGCUCUGCUGUUAAAUGAGGAAACGAGAAUAUCUGAGACUUGGCUUCCAAUGUUACUAUCACAACAGAGGACUCCAUAACAAUGUGUGAAAUGUUCCUCGUUGAAACGUUCUAGUUUCUCUUGACAUUUUGUUGAUGUCGUACGUUUCCAUGACCAGUAAUACUCCAAUUAAUACUAAAACCCCUGCAAGUUUUUAGUUUGCGUUGGUGGCAUCUACAGAUACCAUGAGAUGUCAAAUCGAGUAACAGACGAGGUUAAGAGUUCUCUGUUUCUUCCCAGGGUUGUGAUUUACUUCCAUAUUCAAAUUGUAAAUGGACAGCGGAAGAUAAUAAAAUUAUUAAAGGAGCAAAUUUCAAACGUAAGUAUUUUUCAUGUUUUUUUUUAUUGUAUGUGGUUUGUGCCAACCAACAAUUUACCGUCAUAGUUUAACUUGCUUUAUUUUACCACUCUCUUUCAUGUUUUAUGGGUUCAAUGAUCUCCUGGUCCGAACCCACAGUUUUGGUCACAUAUAAUAGCUUUUACAUCCUAAUGUUCACAGGAAGGAGAAGACAAACGCUUCUUAAUCUCGAAACUUCAUUCAGUUUAUGAGAAGAAGAGCAGAGGCCCUGGGAGACGUCAAGCAAUGCUACAAAAGGUGAGGAUCGUACUGCAGGCCAAAAUGACCUACUACCUUGUGUGUCUACGUUUGCAGCUUAUCUUCAGAACCCACGUUAAAUCCUGUGUGUUUGAGUGCCCUUUCCUCUUGCGAGUACCAUAAACGGUAUUGUUAUAGGCAGCUGCGCAGACUCUGGGUGUUCAAUCGCAUUGCCUGCUGUUUAUGGUUAUUUAUUGUGUAUUUGCAGCAAAAUAUUGCCACUGGAAAGAUCUGAUCUGGAUAUCUCAACCCCCCCAAAUGCUCAACUAACACUGGAUGACAGACCCCUGACAUGUGCCAAAGACCUGACACUGUGAUAGUGGAAAGGACAUUACACUUUCUAAAACCACUUUUUAUACUUGUAUAUUUAUCUAAUAAAACUACUAAACAAU